AAAAUACAUUUGGUUGACCUUGAUUAGUGGGGAAUUGUGGGUAAACAGCAAAACCUGCAAGGUCGCACCGGUCAGGGAAUAUCACAAGAUGUUACGACAGUUUUCUCAAGCGUUGACCAGAGCUGUGGUCCCUGCACUCCGACAGACGAUACAACCCAAGAAAAUAAACCCUGCUGCUUGUUAUUGCACCAAUAUUGUCAGUGAAACUGAUAGGAAAGCUGAAGCUGAAAAGAGGGCAGCAGCUUCCCAGUCUGCGGCCGAGAAUAUAGAUCCUGAUGACGCUGAAGAAUUGCGUUAUGUCAAGCGAUUUACUAUUGCUUCCGACAUCUGGGAGGUAGAAGAUGUCGUCAAUGACAUGCAUACCAAGGACAGAGUACCAUUGCCAUCAACUGUUAUUUCUGGACUGGAAGCAUGUCGCCGAGUUAAUGACCACAGUUUAGCUAUUAGGUUUAUGGAAUCAGUCAGGUACAAGACAAAAAUUGAGCCUACACUGUGGGACUACAUUUCCCAGGAGAUUCAGCCAACUCUUACAAAAUUGAACAUCAGUUCCUUGCAGGAGAUGGGAUACACUGAGCCCGAGCUGGUCUCUGAGAAUCCAGAUUACAUGUGGGCUAGGAAAUUCCAAUGGUGAUGCAAAGAAAACUAGGAAUUUUUGUUGGAAGUGUGACAUUUGAUGUACAGAAGCUGUCACUGUACAGGAUAGAACUUUACAAUCUAACAGAUUCAGAACACUUGUUUGUGAAAGUAUGAAACUGUGUUAAACAAUAUAUGAUUAUAAUUUAAAGGUUUCAGUGUUUUGAGUUUUUCCUGUUUAAACAUUAAAGUGAGUUGAAUAGACAUA